AUGAGGGGGGAUGAAUCUGUUGCAUGGAAACAGCAAACAGAAAACAAGGAGGGAAAGGAUAAAGGAGCUGGACCAUGGAGGGAUGUGGCCACAGGGCUGCCUGAGCUCUGCUGCCUCUCUUUUCUGCCUCUUCCUCCAACAAUGGAGGAGCGGGAGCUCUGCUUUCCACACAUCAACUCCUCCUGUAGAAAGCAGAGGCGCUCUCAGGCUGAUAACCUACUGACUUACAGCUUGCUGCCCCUCAUCUCUCUGCUCACCACCACCCUCAACCUGCUGGUCAUCAUCUCCAUCUCCCACUUCAAGCAGCUCCACACCCCCACCAACCUCCUGCUGCUCUCUCUGGCUGCCUCAGAUUUCCUCGUGGGGCUCCUCAUAUCCUUUCUGCUGGUUUUCUCAGAUGGUUGCUGGUACUUGGGUGACCACAUCUGUGUGCUGUACAGUGGGAUAGACGCCAUACUGAUCACUGUCCCAGUGGGAACCAUGGUGCUAAUUUCUAUCGAUCGCUAUGUAGCCAUCUGUAACCCUCUGCAUUAUCAUUAUAAAAUCACUGUGAGGAGAGUUUUAGUUGUUAAUGUACUCUGUUGGGUCUGUUCUGUGCUGUAUAUCAGUGUGAUGUUGUGGGACAUAUUCAUUCAGCCUGACCGGUUUAAAUCCUGCCAGGGCGAGUGUGUAAUAGCUUUAGAUGAUAAUGAGGGAAUCAUAGACUUUGUCCUGGUCUUUGUGAGCCCUGUAUCUGUGGUCAUAGUUCUGUAUCUCAGGGUGUUUGUGGUGGCGGUGUCUCAGGCUCGGGCCAUGAGGGGUCAGAUUAGAACCGUAACUCUGAAGCCAUCAGAGGCCGUGCACGUCAGGAAAUCUGAGCUGAAAGCUGCCGGGAUCCUAGGAGUGGUUGUUGUUACUUUUCUGUCAUGUUACUUCCCGUUUUUCUGCUCCUCCUUUGUAGGGGAUAGUUUUCAGUUCAGUUCAACAGCAGUGCCUUUACAGACCUGGCUACCGUACUUUAACUCCUGUCUGAACCCACUCAUCUAUGCCUUUUUCUACCCCUGGUUUAGGAAGUCUGCUAAGCUCCUACUGACACUAAAGAUUCUUCGCCGUGGCUCCUCUAGGCUGAACGAGCGGGAGCUCUGCUUUCCACACAUCAACUCCUCCUGUAGAAAGCAGAGGCGCUCUCAGGCUGAUAACCUACUGACUUACAGCUUGCUGCCCCUCAUCUCUCUGCUCACCACCACCCUCAACCUGCUGGUCAUCAUCUCCAUCUCCCACUUCAAGCAGCUCCACACCCCCACCAACCUCCUGCUGCUCUCUCUGGCUGUCUCAGAUUUCCUCGUGGGGCUCCUCAUAUCCUUUGUGCUGGUUUUCUCAGAUGGCUGCUGGUACCUGGGUGACCACAUCUGUGUGCUGUACAGUGGGAUAGACGCCACACUGAUCACUGUCCCAGUGGGAACCAUGGUGCUCAUUUCCAUCGAUCGCUAUGUGGCCAUCUGUUACCCUCUGCAUUAUCAUUAUAAAAUCUCUGUGAGGAGAGUUUUAGUGGCUAAUGUACUCUGUUGGGUCUGUUCUGUGCUGUAUAUCAGUGUGAUAUUGUGGGACAUAUUCAUUCAGCCUGACCGGUUUAAAUCCUGCCAGGGCGAGUGUGUAAUAGCUUUAGAUGAUAAUGAGGGAAUCAUAGACUUUGCCCUGAUCUUUGUGGUCCCUGUAUCUGUGGUCAUAGUUCUGUAUCUCAGGGUGUUUGUGGUGGCGGUGUCUCAGGCUCGGGCCAUGAGGGGUCAGAUUAGAACCGUAACACUGAAACGAUCAGAGGCCGUGCACGUCAGGAAAUCUGAGCUGAAAGCUGCCGGGAUCCUAGGAGUGGUUGUUGUUACUUUUCUGUCCUGUUACUUCCCAUAUUACUGCUCCUCCUUUGUAGGGGAUGGUUUUCAGUUCAGUUCAACAGCAGUGCCUUUACAGACCUGGCUACCGUACUUUAACUCCUGUCUGAACCCACUCAUUUAUGCCUUUUUCUACCCCUGGUUUAGGAAGUCUGCUAAGCUCCUACUGACACUAAAGAUUCUUCGCCGUGGCUCCUCUAGGCUGAACGUACUAAAGCAGAAGCGCUCACCGGCUGAUAAACUACUGACUUACAGCUUGCUGCCCCUCAUCUGUCUGCUCACCACCACCCUCAACCUGCUGGUCAUCAUCUCCAUCUCCCACUUCAAGCUGUACAGACUAUAUGUGAUUCUUCUCUCUCAACUAAGGCAGCUCCACACCCCCACCAACCUCCUGCUGCUCUCUCUGGCUGCCUCAGAUUUCCUCGUGGGGCUCCUCAUAUCCUUUCUGCUGGUUUUCUCAGAUGGCUGCUGGUACCUGGGUGACCACAUCUGUGUGCUGUACAGUGGGAUAGACGCCACAUUGAUCACUGUCCCAGUGGGAACCAUGGUGCUAAUUUCUAUCGAUCGCUAUGUGGCCAUCUGUAACCCUCUGCAUUAUCAUUAUAAAAUCACUGUGAGGAGAGUUUUAGUUGUUAAUGUACUCUGUUGGGUCUGCUCUCUGCUGUAUGUCAGUGUGAUGCUGUGGGAUGCAUUCCUUCAGCCCGGCAUGUUUAAAUCAUGUCAGGGCGAGUGUGUAAUGGUUUUUGAUGAUAAUGAGGCAAUCAUAGACUUUGUCCUGAUCUUUGUGGUCCCUGUAUCUGUGAUCAUAGUUCUGUAUCUCAGGGUGUUUGUGGUGGCGGUGUCUCAGGCUCGGGCCAUGAGGGGUCAGAUUAGGGUCGUAGCUCUGAAGCCCUCAGAGGCCGUGCACGUCAGGAAAUCUGAGCUGAAAGCUGCCGGGAUCCUAGGAGUGGUUGUUGUCGCUUUUCUGUCUUGUUACUUCCCAUAUUACUUCUCUUUCUUUGGAGGGGAUAGUUUUCAGUUUAGUUUGACAGCUGUGCCUGCGCAGAACUGGCUACCAUACUUUAACUCCUGUCUGAACCCACUCAUCUAUGCCUUUUGCUACCCAUGGUUCAAGAAGUCUGUUAAGCUCCUACUGACACUAAAGAUUCUUUGCCAUGGCUCCUCUAGGCUGAACGUCCUGUAG